CCCAUGCCAUUGCCAUCAUCCUCACGUAAACUCGUCGAUAAAACAAAAUUUCAAGGGGAAAAAAAUUCAAAUUUCCCACAGUAUCUCAAUUCUCAACUCAUUUCUUCGAUUCCUUCGGAGAUUAACAACAACAACCCGUAGCUUCGUUUUCAUUCUUGCCACAAAAGAACAUAGCCGGCCGUACAUCUUGGACCGGCAAUCUACGCCCCUUUCUAGAUUUUUCGAGAUUCAGAUCGGUUUUCAAUGUGUUCGUGGUCAAUAUCGGCCGUUUGGAGGGAUUUCUCAUUCAGGCUUGGUAUUUUUGAAUAAGUUGACAUCAGCUUCAAGCUUGGAGUUCCGGAAACUGCAAAAUUGAUUAAUGAAAUUCAUUCCAGAUUCCUGCACUGAAUAGGUUUCAGCGACAUUCUUAUUCAACCUGAAAAUUGUAGGUUUUGGACAGUAUGGUGAACCCAAUACGCAGUGGAAACAUGAGAAAACCUAAUGAGAUAAUGAGAAUUCUGGUUACCACAUUUGUUGGAGGUGUUUUCGGUUUCUUUUUAGGAGUAUCCUUCCCUACAAUCUCAUUAUCUCAGCUAAAUUUCCCAUCCAGCCUGAUUCCUUCUAUUGAUCUCACUUACAUUGAGGACAAGUACUCAGGCCUCUCCGCUGAAGCGUUCUUGAAUGCUUGGUCUUCUUUGAAGGGUAAUAAUAGAGGCAGCUCCAUGCAAUUUCCACCGAAUGAGACAAAGAUAUGGGUUCCUACAAAUCCUCGAGGAGCUGAAAGACUACCACCUGGUAUUGUUGAGUCUGAAUCUGAUUUUAACCUCCGGCGUCUGUGGGGUCUGCCAAAUGAGGAUUUGACCAUCAAACCAAAGUAUCUGGUAACAUUUACAGUUGGUUUUGAACAGAAAAAAAAUAUUGAUGCAGCAGUUAAAAAGUUCUCAGAGAACUUCACGAUUGUGUUGUUUCACUAUGAUGGACGAGCAAGUGAGUGGGAAGAUCUUGAGUGGUCAAAGCGGGCUAUCCAUGUGAGUGUCUACAAGCAAACUAAAUGGUGGUACGCCAAACGUUUUCUACAUCCUGACAUUGUGGCUUCCUAUGACUACGUAUUUGUUUGGGACGAGGAUCUGGGAGUAGAGCAUUUUAAUGCAGAAGAAUAUAUAAAACUUGUGAGAAAACAUGGUUUGGAGAUUUCACAACCUGGCUUAGAACCAAAUCAAGGGUUAACGUGGCAAAUGACUAAAAGGAGAGGUGAAAGUGAAGUUCACAAGGAGACAGAGGAGAAACCUGGUUGGUGCACUGAUCCACAUCUUCCACCUUGUGCAGCUUUUGUUGAAAUCAUGGCAACUGUGUUUUCUCGGGAUGCAUGGCGCUGUGUUUGGCAUCUGAUUCAAAAUGACUUGGUUCAUGGCUGGGGUCUUGAUUUUGCUCUAAGAAAAUGUGUGCACCAGCCCGCUCAUGAGAAAAUAGGAGUUGUAGAUUCUCAGUGGAUUGUUCAUCAAAGUGUUCCUUCUCUCGGGAACCAGGGAAAAGCAGAAAAUGGUAGAGCACCAUGGGAAGGGGUAAGAGAGAGAUGUAAAAGAGAAUGGGAAAUUUUUAAGAGUCGUCUGGCCGAUGCCGAGGCGGCGUAUUAUCACGGAAUGGGGAUUGAUCCCCCAAAUUCAACAGAAGUGUAGCAAAACGGCUGCAAUUAUUCUUUCCCUUUCUACUAGAAGAAAUCUUGUGUAGAGGCUCUGAUCUGCUCUGGUAAUCGUUCAUCUUUGUUAGUUUUGGAAUUUGAAUACAGUUUAGAAGUAUUAAUACUAAUGCUCCAUCUUUUUGAGCCCUCAAAAAUUUCCUGUUGGGGAGCACAAAAUGUGGCUACGUAUGGAUUAGAUCAUAGCUAUACAAUGGAAUGAUAAUAUCCAUUAUUUAUAUAAAACAGAAACUUAACAAAACCUUUGAGACCCAAAGUCUACUUUGAAUCUA